GCCGUAUCCUCGGCUUGUGUUAACUACAGUGGCCAAACACUUGCCUGUUAUUGCAGCCAAACGUAAUGAUGCUCUGUUGCACGUCAUCAAGCACGCCUCAAGGAAGCUAGACGCAACCCCUGCAUCAGUAGAAGAGUUUGUCGACCAUCUGAUAUUCUUGUCCCGUAUGUCRUCUGAGAUAGCAUCGCUCGAGCGAGAAUAUGUUGUAGUUAUUCGUUUGUACUCUAUUGCGAAAAAUUUUGACAUACCUAUUGAAGCUGAAGAAAAUGCGCUUUACCAGACACUUAUGCCUAGUUUCCAUCACCUCAAGUCUACCAUCUUGUACUGCGUGGCCAAGAGAGACGAAAACAUUCAGUUUUACAACCGAGCACUAGAAGAACUAAUCUCCCAUGUUCGUCACGACUUGAGGACCACAGCAAACAAAGUGCGUUCCCCAGCUCUUCUAGACUCAGAAAACAUUCCGCAGGUUACCAUAGAGAAGCUGAAAUACUUGGCAGAAGAACUUGAAAUCAUCGCUACCGAAGCACGCAGCUACGCCACGUAUCAAGAGAGAUUUAAUAGCUCCAUGUCUUCGACUUUCCACAAGAAGGCACUAGUCGAAGGAACGAUCCCUGGUGUAUCAACSGCUGGUAGCGCCGCAUCGUUGUCCUUACAGACAGAAGUCAGUGAGGUGGAAAAGGAUUUGUCCUUGAGGAAGCUACUAUGGGAAGCAACGCAGGAAUGGGAGGUGUUGGUUGACCGAUGGGAACAGACAGCUUUCGAGUCUUUGUCUAUAAGCUCCGUGCAGAAGGAUGUUUUGAGGUUUAUUGAGACGAUUUUUAUGUUGGAAAAAGGUGUGCCCCACAACAAAGUAGUCCCUCGCCUGAAGCAAAAGGUUACCACCUUCAAGCUUGGUUUGCCCGUCAUAACUAGCUUACGUAACCCUGCUUUAAGGACGCGUCACUGGGAAGCUAUUCAAGAAGCGAUAGGGAAAAGAUUGGUCAGGGAUAGAACCUUUACUUUAGGGAAUCUGUUACGUUUGAAGGUUUUCCAGCACAAGGAUAAGAUCGCAGAAAUCGCUACACAAGCCAGCAACGAGGCUACACUUGAGCACAUGUUACAAAAGAUUAUGGAUUUCUGGAAUCAAACGGACUUCACGCUGAGCGCGCACGCUACCCGUGAUAUCGCGAUAAUCACACGCGCUGAUGAUAUGAUUACAUCAUUGGAGGAAAGUCAGGUGACAUUGGCCAAUAUCCGGGGUUCUAGAUUUGUUUUUCCAAUCAAGCAUUUAGUGGAGGAAUGGGACAGAAAGUUGAGCCUGUUUUCUCGUACUCUGGACGAGUGGCUUACGUGUCAGCGCAACUGGCUUUACUUGGAGACCAUUUUCUCUGCCGCAGAUAUUCAAAGACAAUUACCAAACGAGGCUCGAUUGUUCUCCCAAGUGGACAAGUCAUGGCGAGAUAUCAUGAGAAGRACCAUCGAUAAACCCAACGCACUCAAGGCUGCCACUGCGGCUGGUGUCCUAGAGGUUUUACAAGCCAGUAAUUCACAUCUGGAAAAGAUCCAUCGCUGUCUUGAGGAUUACCUUGAGACGAAGAGGUUGGUAUUUCCAAGGUUUUAUUUCCUCAGUAACGAAGACUUGUUUGAUAUUCUGGCUAACAACAAGAAUCCAAAUGCAGUUCAGCCUCAUCUUCGCAAGUGCUUCGAUAACAUCAACCUCCUUGAAAUCGUACGUCAAGCUCAUUCUCCUCCACAGAUCAAGAGCAUGAUAUCUGAAGAAGGAGAGACUGUUAAUCUACCCAAAACACUUCGUGCCCGUGGGAAUGUAGAGUCUUGGCUAUUAAAUGUGGAAAAUGCUAUGUACGAAACCAUUAAAAUGCACACGAAGAAAGCMCUAGCUGAUGUCAACAACGCUGAAUAUACCACAUGGGUAUUGAGUCAUCCUGGUCAGGCCGUUAUUAAUGUAUGCCAAAUCAAUUUUAACCGUGAUGUCGUGAACUGCUUCAAAAACUCCAGAGCAAUAGAUGCUUUAGURAACAUGCGCAAUAGGUUUGUUACCCAGCUGACACAGCUGUCCCAGCUAGUUACCACUACCCUGUCCGCGCAUCAACAUCAAAUGCUGGAAUCACUGCUGACCGUUGAGGUUCACGGGCGCGAUAUCUUGGACCUUCUUAUUAAUAAUCAAGUCACGCAGCAAGAAGACUUUGAGUGGUCAAGACAACUCCGCUACGAAUGGGAAGACGACCGCAGUAUCUGCAAAAUACGUCACUGUGAUGCGGUAUUUGAAUAUGGUUAUGAAUACCUUGGUUGUUCACAUCGCUUAGUCAUCACCCCCCUGACUGAUCGCUGUUACCUUACCAUGAGUGGUGCUUUGAAUCUACAUCUGUACGGCGCUCCAUCAGGACCAGCCGGCACAGGAAAGACAGAAACUGUCAAAGAUUUGGCAAAGGCUAUGGGAAAACAUUGUUUGGUGUUUAACUGUUCUGAGGGUUUAGACUAUAAGAUGAUGGGCAAGUUCUUCUCUGGAUUAUCACAGACAGGCUCGUGGAUUUGUUUUGAUGARUUUAAUCGUAUUGAUGUGGAAGUCUUGUCGGUUAUCGCACAGCAACUUCACUCAAUCAAAGCAGCAAAGGACAAUGAAGUCACAAGAUUUCUGUUCGAAGGAAGAGAUAUCAAAAUGAACCCUAGCUGUGGAGUCUUUAUAACGAUGAACCCCGGAUAUGCAGGUCGAGUAGAGCUACCAGAUAACUUAAAGGCAUUAUUUCGUCCUGUUUCAAUGAUGGUUCCUGACUUCGCCCUUAUCGCAGAAAACAUCCUGUUUUCUGAAGGCUUCGUCAAUGCUGCCAUGUUGUCACGCAAGGUCUUUAAUUUGUAUCAACUGUCCAGUAAACAGUUGUCACAACAGGAUCAUUAUGAUUUUGGUCUUCGAGCUGUGAAAUCUGUUCUACUCAUGGCUGGACUAGAAAGACUGUCUGCUGGCUUGCAAAGCGACAGUGAAAUCCUAGAGGAAGAGGAAUCCCAUCUCAUUAUCAACGCCAUCAGAAAAGCCAACGUGCCGAAACUAGUGACCAGUGAUAUACCCCUCUUCAACAAUAUCCUGGCUGAUUUGUUUCCUGGCGUGCAAUAGCUUGGGCCCUUACAGAAAUGCCGUACCAGCAUUGGCCAUCGCAGAUAGAGAAGAUCAUGCAGAUCUAUCAUACUCUACUAGUAAGGCACGGUAUAAUGCUAGUAGGUCCUGCUGGCGGUGGCAAAACAGCAGCCCGACAAAUCCUUCGCAAGGCCCUUGUCUAUCUACCGACCGUUCAAAAUCGCGACCAUCACGAGAAGCCUGGGGAAGACUUUGAUGACUCUACUUCUGGCAAGAGCGCAGCGUCACAUGCGCGCAACAAGCUACGUAAAGGAAGAAUAGAAGUGUCUUCUAUCAACCCAAAGUGCCUGACAUUAGGUGAGCUGUACGGAGAGUUCGACCCCACCACGUCAGAAUGGACUGACGGCUURCUAUCUCACUUCUACCGCCGUUUCGCCAAGGAUAGCAGAGGGAUGACAAAUAGAAAGAGGAGUAAAGAAGYCAAGGGAACCGCACGAACACCGACGCCUUCAUCUGGAAGACCGCAUUCAGGGAAAUCGUUCACUACUAUGUCUGAAGAACAAAGUGAAGUUGAGACCCAGUCGUACGCGGACGAAUCUCAUAUGACGUCAAUCGAGGAAGGUCAGGGUAAAGAUGAUCUUCGUUUCUGGCACUGGAUAGUAAUGGAUGGUCCUGUUGAUACCCUAUGGGCAGAAAACCUCAAUACCGUACUCGAUGAUACUAAGGUACUAUGCUUAGCUAAUGGAGAGCGCAUCAGUAUGGGGAUUGGAAUGAGAAUGAUAUUUGAGGUGGAUAACCUGGUUAUGGCAUCACCAGCUACUGUCAGCAGAUGUGGCAUGGUGUAUAUGGAUCCUAAUGACCUUGGCUGGUUACCUUAUGUUAAAACAUGGAUACAUUCUCUUGGAGAGGGACACAAGGUCCCUACAACAGUGACCGAUCAUCUGUUGGCCUUGUUCGAGCACAGCACCGAUGCCGGUCUACGUUUCUUAACCGAGCAUUCCCAUCACCAACGCAUCCCCGCACCAGCCCUCAGCGUGGUAUCUACAAUGUGUGGAAUCAUUGGAGGCUUUAUCGACAUGAUUGAAAUUCAUGGUGGUUUUGGGAUCAACCCAGAAAAAACCGCAAAAACUGAAGCACAGACUGAAGACAACCAAGAAAAGACUGUCACGUUUGCUGAUGAUUUUGAGCGCGAAUUACGAACGCGAAGAAUCUCCUGUAUUCAGCGCAAUCCUCACCACACGGUGGACUUCUUUGGUAAAGUCUACGUGUUUGCGUAUACCUGGGCAUACGGUGGGCUACUGCAGGCUGAAGAAGAGGAUGAAGACGACGACCACUCUCAUAUUCCUGGAGCUUCACUGCACGCAAGAGAUUCAGAAUCAGUCCGUAAAAAGUUUGAUUUGUUUGUUAGAGAGCUGUUUUCAGGCACAGGAGAAACAGCACCCCAUGUUGCCUUACCCACGGGAAGUGAUACCGUCUUUAACUACUAUAUCGACCUAGAAGUAGGAAACUUUGCCAAAUGGGAUGUUCUGGUUCCUCCGUCUCGUGCUCUUAUCGCCAAAUCUAUCUCAGAACAGUUUGCGCAUUCCGACCACACCCAUAUUCUAGAAGAAUCAGCCACAUCGAAAACAGAAGCCGAGAUCGACCUAUCUCUAGUACCUACACUCGAUACCAUACGCUAUGCCUUUCUCUUGGCCCUAAUGUCUGUCAACAAGCAACCCGUACUCCUAACAGGAGAUGUAGGGGUCGGUAAGACGGUACUCAUUCUCGAUACCCUUGCGCGUCUAUCCAAAGAUGGUGGUACCUCCACAGAAGCAGGGUCGAUUCUCGGAGCGGUGUUUCGUUCAGGAGGAAAGAAUUUAGUGGAAAGCAUCCUGGAAGGAUCCGUGAUUGAUAAACAUGAAUUCAAGUCUGAUUUGAGUCACGAGAUGAUUCAGUUCUCUUCUAGAACUACUGCUGCUAGAGUGAGGGAGUUCRUUGAAUCUAAGCUUGUUAAACGUGGUAGAGAAGCCCUUGGCCCUAUACCUGGACAAAAGGCAAUAAUAUUCGUAGAUGAUCUAAACAUGCCUCAACCAGACAAGUUCAACGCUCAACCCCCCCUGGAACUGGUACGACAGUUUCUUGAUUCCGGGGGAUUCCAUGACACCAAGAAGUUAGAAUGGAAGGAGGUGUUUGAUGUGACGUUAAUGGCUGCUUGUUCUCCGCCAGGCGGUGGAAGAAGCGCACUCAAUGGCCGUCUCCUCAGACACUUCAGUAUCUUGAGUCUGUCAUCACCAUCUACCAAGUGGCUUCGACAUAUCUAUGGUACCCAACUAGGGCGCUACCUGGAGAAGGUGGACUUUACAACCGAGGUUCGGGAGUCAUGUGAUAAUAUAGUCACCACUGCUAUGUCUUUGUACUUCAAGCUGAGCACUGGUCUGCUACCUACACCUGCAAAGACACAUUAUACCUUUAACCUGCGAGACCUAAGCAAGGUCAUUGAAGGAAUGUUACAAGCUCAUCCUGCCGUCAUCUCCCUCAGCGAACAUUGUGCACAACUGGUUAUACAUGAGAGCAUGCGCGUAUUUCAUGAUCGUCUAGUCGAUGACGUGGAUCGGAGUUACUUCUUCGAUAUUAUGUCAGAAACUCUGCAUGAGACAUUCAGGUUGACUUGGUCUCCUGACGUUCUCCAGAAUGAGCCAAUCAUGUUUGGUGACUUUUUGGACUCAUCUAGUCUUUCACACCAUUCUUCGUCACGGAUAUAUCGAUUAGCUAACUAUGAUAGGCUGAUUAGUGUACUGGAGGAUCACUAUGACCGAGCCAGACAUUCCUGGGACAACAUGCAGCAUCGUUUUGUAUUUUUUGACAUGGCUGUACAGCACAUUACACGUGCUGCACGCGUGUUCCGUAACCCUGGCAACCACAUGAUGAUGAUAGGGGUAGGCGGGACUGGUAAAUCCACCGUGGCUAAACUAGCAGCUUACAUCGAGGGAUGUAACUUCAUAAUGCCUGUUGUGUCCCGCGUGUACCUGUGGCCAGAGUUCUGUGAAGAUUUGAAGAAAGCUGUUAUAAGAGCUGGUCUGAAGGGAGAAAACACAGUGCUAUUUCUUACAGAUGCUAUAGUUAAGGAUUURUUUCUAGAAGGAAUCAGUACAAUACUAAGCUCAGGUGAAAUCCAUGACUUGUUUGACCACGAAGACCUUGAACAAAUCUUUCUUGAACUUCAACGUUCAGCCGUACGCAGUGGUAUCCCAGACACAAAAACAUCUGUCUUCAAAUACUUCAUGCAACGAGUGAAGAAAAGACUACAUCUAGUUAUCUCUACUAGUCCAGUUGGACAGCACUUCCGACAAAACUGUCGGCUCUAUCCCUCGCUUAUUAACUGUUGUACCAUCGAUUGGUACGACAAAUGGCCGCUCGAUGCUCUGCAGUCUGUAGCAGACUCUUUUCUUGAGUUGAUGGAAUUUGACAUGGUGAAGGUUGAUGACAAGAACGCGCUAAAGAAAAGCUUAGCCAAGACAUUCGUUGAAGUCCAUAAAAGCGUCGAGGAAGAAGCGAUACUAUUCUACGAAGAGAUGCAACGUAAAUACUACACUACCCCUACCACAUACAUGGAAUUUGUCAAACUAUUUCUGUCUAAGUUCCACGAGAAGGCUUCCAAGUUCAGCUUGAACAAGGAUCGGUUAGCGACAGGACUCCUGAAGCUAGCAGAGUCGAACAAUCUUGUAGGGGUUAUGCAAGCUGAGCUUAUAGAACUGGGACCACAACUAGAACGAAAAUCAAAGGACACUGAGAAGUUGUUAGAGCAACUAGCACGCGACCAGAAAGCAGUCGACCAGGUGCACAGUGUAGUACAAGAAGAAGAGGAAUUCAUGAACAAUGAAGCGAAAAGAAUCCAAACCAUCGCAGACGAGGCGCAGAGAGACCUCGAAAGCGUCAUCCCAGAACUAGAGCACGCCAUURCAGCACUUGACGCGCUGGAUAAAUCAGAUAUAUCAGAGAUWCGCGUCUAUACUAAGCCACCUGCUAUGGUUAUGACUGUAUUGUCUGCUGUGUGURUAUUACUGCAGCAGAAACCUGACUGGAACACUGCUAAACUCUUGCUGGCUGAUCCAGGGUUCCUUAAGAAUCUUGUGACGUACGAUAAGCAUAGUGUUCCUGAUAAGGUAUUCGUUCGCCUCAAAAAGUACACUCACAAUCCUAACUUCAACCCUGAAACUGUCGGUAAGAUUUCUGUUGCMUGUAAGUCAAUGUGCCAAUGGGUCUUGGCUCUGGAAAACUAUUCUGAGGUUUACAAAAUGGUACAGCCAAAGCAAAGCCGAUGUGAAGAGGCCCAGACAGCGCUUGCCAUGGCUAAAGAAAACCUGCGACAAAAACAAGAAAGUUUGRUUACCAUCCAAGAACAGCUGGAAAUUCUACAGAGUCAAUACGACGAGUCUGUAAGGCAGCAAGAGGAACUGAAGGUCAAGAAAGAUCUGACUAUUGCUAGACUUCAGCGAGCAUCGGUGUUGACAACCGCCUUAGCUGAAGAACAGGAUCGAUGGAGCCAAGCAAUCAAACAAGUGGGUGAACACGCUAAAGGACUAGUUGGGGAUACCCUUCUAUCCACCGCUGCUAUAACRUAUUUUGGCGCAUUCACUUCAUCGUAUCGCCGAAGUCUCUUGAAUCGCUGGCACAUAUACUGCGAUGACAAGUCCAUCCCGGUCAGCGAGAGCUUUGAACUGACCAAUUUUCUUGCAGAACCGGUGGAGAUCCAACUAUGGUUGAAUAAUGGGCUCCCACAUGAUAAAUAUUCUGUUGAGAAUGGUGCUAUUAUCAAACAUUGCCACCGAUGGCCACUCCUCAUCGACCCGCAGGAGCAAGCMAGUAAAUGGAUCAUGAUGAAUGAGAAGGAAAAUCGACUUAAGGUCGUCAAGGCAACAGAUGCUUAUUUCAUCAAAACUUUGGAGGAGGCGAUACCAUUAGGGGAACCUGUAUUGAUUGAGGAUGUAGGAGAAGACAUCGACCCAGCCCUCAACCCCAUCCUAACAAGAAACACAUCAUUACGCGGUAACCAUCUAGUGAUUUGUAUGGGGGACACUGUCAUCGAGUACAACCCUAACUUCCGGUUAUACAUGACGUCACCGCUGGCCAACCCUCACUUCCUGCCAGACGUGUGCAUCAAGGUCACGCUUAUCAACUUUACUGUCACGCUUGAAGGACUUCAGGAUCAGCUGUUGUCACGCGUGGUGCAGCAGGAAAUACCAAAGCUGGAAGAACAAAGAAAAGAAAUCUUGCAUAACUUAGUGAAAGACAGAUUUAAACUAGAAGAAUUAGAAGAUCGUUCUUUAUCAUUACUGCAUACUUCCCGUGGGAACAUCCUAGAUGAUGAAGACCUCAUCAAUACCCUGGAUGAAAGUAUCAAAAUGGCGCAUGUUAUUCAAGUUCGUGUGGUGGAAUCAGAACAAACUGAAGAAGUCAUGAAAAUUAACCGAGAGAAAUACCUGCCUAUCGCCUCCAGGGGAGCUAUUCUCUACUUCGUGCUGACCGACCUAGCCUCUAUCGAUGUGAUGUAUCAGUUCUCGUUACCAUCCUUCACUACUCUAUUUGCUAAAUGUAUCGAAUCGUCACGUGAUGCGGUGAGACAGGAGUCAGCCAUUCCUCCUGGUAGUGCUGGUACUCUAAGACCUUUGAAGAAAGAUAAAUUCUACCCAGGCAAACGAAUAUCAAUGGUGGAGUUUGCUGGCUUCAAUCGAAAGAUGACCGUCCCCAAAAGCAAAGAUGAAUGUGACUUACCCGAGUAUCUGAAGGCACUCGUGGAUCUACUGACAGAGAAUGUCUAUCGCGUUGUGUCGCAUGCGAUUUUUGCUCGGCAUAAAUUGACGUUUUCGUUCAUGCUGUGCGCGAACAUUCUUAUGAAAGAUAAACUAAAGCGAAACGUAGAGACCAACAAACCUCCUAUCACCGAGACGGAGUGGAAACUUUUYCUAAGGGGCUCUGCUAUGGCUGCUAUUGCUGAGAGAAUCGAAGGUGAUGAUGAUGAGCCAUCAUUUGGUGCACACUUAGCACCUAGAGUAUCUCGAACCAAAGCAGGAGGAAGCAUGGGUCAUCUCGUAGCUAAGAUGAGCAARUCUCCAGCUAAAUGGAUCUCUGAGUCUGCUUGGAAGGAAUGCGUGCAAUUAUCCAAUCAGCUAGAAGAAUUUGCUGGUCUGUGCACUAAUAUCACAGUCAAUAAACAGUUCUGGAAAAAGUUCACUGUAUCAUCCAACCCCUAUGAGAUACUAGAGAGUGACGAUGAUGUUGAGAAGCAAGAAACAAAAGGUGGUAGUCGCUCCACGAAAAUAGGCUGGMAAAGCAAGACUCUGUCGGGAUUCCAAAAGUUGAUGCUAAUCAAGAUCUUAAGGCCAGAGUGUCUUGUGGAGACUGUGCGCAUGUUCGUGGAACGACAGCUGGGCAGUAAAUUUGUCACCAACGUUGGCUUCGAUUUACAGGAGAUUUAUGAGGAAUCCAAUGCAAGAACACCUCUUAUUUUCAUCCUUUCGCCAGGCUCAGACCCAGCCUCUAGCCUUAUUCGUUUCGCGAAGGAGCUUCGAGGUACAACGCUUCACCUUGACAUGAUUUCGCUUGGUCGUGGCCAAGAACCAAAAGCCGAAGAUGCCAUCACCAAGGCUUAUCAGCAAAAGGGCAAAUGGGUGUUCUUACAGAACUGUCAACACGCCGCUUCCUUUAUGCCUCGGCUACAGCAGAUCGUCAAAAGAAUAUCCAUGCCUGAUACCCCAGUUGAUCCUCAGUUCCGUAUGUGGCUUAGUUCCAAACCAGAUCCUUCAUUCCCUGUCUCAAUYCUACAAGUCGGACUUAAGAUGACGGUAGAGCCUCCCCCUGGUAUCAAGGCUAAUCUGCUGCGUACAUUUGGUGCAGUGGGUGGUGUUGUAACAGAUUCGGUGUUUGAAGACCCCAGUGCUGGACCUGCCUGGAAAAGACUGUUGUUUGGUUUGUGUCUGUUUAAUGCUGUUGUCCAUGAACGAAAGAAGUUUAGCUCUUCUCUUGGAUGGAACAUUCCCUACGAGUUUUCUACAUCUGAUCUUGAGAUCGCUUAUGGGGGGCGUGUCACCGAUCAGUGGGACCAGCGGUGCUUGAAGAGUAUUUUAAAAAAGUUUUAUAAUCCUGACGUGCUGCUGGAUGAUUAUGCGUACACCACGGAUCAUGUGUACCGUCCACCGCCCAAYAACAUCUCACUGUCAGUCUGUUGUUCAUACAUCGAUGAACUACCCACCUCGGACUCAUCUGAGUUAUUUGGCAUGGAUCAGAAUGCAGACACCGCUUACCUCAMGGCACAGGCAGGUAGUCUUAUCACUGAUCUCUUGGCAGGACAACCAAAAAUCACUGGACAUGCUGGAUCAAGAAAGACCAAUGAUGACAUCGUUCUYGAUUUAUCCAAAGACAUUCGCUCUCGAUUACCCAUGCGAGUAACCAUUAUCAAGAAGGAUUUCUCGUUCCAUKCUGGUUCAAAGAAAAGCUCCAGUAGUUCAGAUCAGCAGCAACUGCUCAAGAAAUGGAAGGAAGAGAGUACCAGAGUGAAGAGUAGUCAGUCCACAUUGCUUGUCAUCUUGGAGCAAGAGGUGCAGAGGUUUGAUCGUUUGUUGGAUGUCAUUCAUACAUCRCUAGAUGCGCUGUGCUUGGCUAUUAAAGGACGAAUCAUCAUGACCAGCGCGCUGGAACAAGCUUUUAAUGCRCUGCUCAAUAACGCCGUUCCUACGCAAUGGAAGAACGCAGCGUAUGAAUCCUGCAAAUCACUCGGAGCUUGGGUCGACAAUCUCGCUAAACGAGUGGAGUUCUUUGGUCGUUGGCUUGACCUCGUUAGACAAGAACUUGAUCCCAAGAAGCGAGCCACCUCACCGGAUGACGAUACCAUGGGAUACAUGCAUCCCAGAGCUUAUUGGUUGCCUGCUUUUUUCUUUCCACAAGGAUUUUUGACCGCUGUUCUUCAAACCCACGCGCGAACCCGCGGGAUACCCGUGGACUCGUUGUCAUUUGAUUACAAAGUGCRSAARGAACGCUGGACUGCAGAGGAAGAGGUUCAUAGUGAGGGUGAUAUUGACUUCCGGAAAGUAGCAUUUCAGGGCCCUCCCCCUGAAGAUGGCGUAACAAUAUUUGGACUGUACUUGGAUGGUGCAUCAUGGGAUUCAACCCGUGGCUACUUGUGUGAGACACAGACCAUUCAGCAACGUGUUCCUUUGCCGGUGCUGCAAUUUAUUCCAUAUCAGAACGUCGAAGACAAACCCAACCAGGACGAGAAGCAAGAAGAAGAAGACUUCGAAAUUUACGACUGUCCCGUAUACAGAACCUCUCUCCGCGCCAGUUCCCUCACGUCCAUCGGACACACGACGAAUUUUAUAACGUCGGUCAGCCUUCCGUCAUUGAAGCCAGCGGAUCAUUGGAUCACACGUGGCGUGGCUCUUCUAUGCCAGCUUGAUGAGUAGUAGAAAAUUUAUAGAACUCUUUCUUUAUUUUUUUAUUUAUAUGUUUAAAAAACAAUGAGAAUUCACAAGAGAGUCAAAGGACGAAAACAGGGUGGCCACGAGUCUUUCUCUAUCAAAUACCGCCAACAUGGCCGCGAUGACGUAAAGAAUUCCCAUGAUUCAUUGCACUUUUGGUAAGACUUUUCUAAGGAGUGAUUUGAAAAUUAAUAUUUUUGAWGAACGUGCGUAUUUUACCACAAAAUUGAAUUUUAAUUCUUGUCUUUUAAUGAAGAAAUGAAAAAACGGUUAGUUUUCAUCUGGUCGGCGGGGAAACACAACUUGUCAUUCAACUCUCUCAAAACGUGCUAGACUAUUCAGUGACGGAAGCGCCGUGUUCAAAACAUCACAGCUUUUUAUUCAAGCCYUUCUAAACCCGACGCGUUGACAUUAAUAUAAAGUGACGUGUAAAAUGAACUUGGAUGACGGCUGAUAUAGCCUUGAAAGAAUUAACCAUCAAAAUUGGGCUUUAAAAAAAAACAGACUCGGUUAACUUAUUUAUUGGCGAUUGCAGUUGAGCUAGAUUCGCUUUUGUAAAAGGUUAUAUAAUAUUUAUUGGAUAUGUGAAUAGUUGGGUUUUAAUAUUUCAUAUUUUUGUUMAUGUGUUUUUACACAGAACUUAUAUUUUCAUAUCUGGUUUUUAUAUUGAGAAAUUAAAUAUGAAAUUAAAAAUUUGAUUCUGUAUUUGAG